AUGAAAUUGAUAGUUCUUAGACACGGAGAGAGUUUGUGGAAUGAUUCCAAUAAAUUUUGUGGUUGGGUAGACAUUAAACUAUCAGACAAAGGUAAAGAAGAAGCUCGUUUUGCUGGUAAGUUAAUAUCGAAGUAUAACUUCCACAUCACAUCCAUGUAUACUUCCAAAUUAUCGAGGUCUACACAAACAGGGAACAUUAUUUUGGAUGACCUUAAUUUACUAUUUAUUGAUCAAUACAAAUAUUGGGAAUUAAACGAACGUCAUUAUGGUGCAUUUCAAGGCAGAAAUAGAGAGGAAGUACUCAAAGAAGUGGGGGAGGAUGUUUACAAUCAUGUAAGGAGGAGUUAUGAGGGUAGACCCCCAAGAGAUGAAUCUGAUGGCACGAUAGAUUGGAGGUACAAUAAUAUUGCCGUUCCAAACGGCGAGAGCUUGAAAGAUGUGAUGGAAAGGUUUGAGCCGUUCCUCGACAAAUUGAUACACAAACAAUUGCAUGAUUUCCAGGAUAAUGGAGAUGUUCUUAUGAUAACUCAUGGGUCAAUUGUAAGGUCUAUUAUAAAAUUUUUCACAAAUCAGGACGAGAAAGUGGUAAGUAAGAUUGAAAUCCCCACAGGGGUUCCUAUAGUUUUCGAGAUCGAAAAUGGAGAACUUGUGCAAAAUUACUACUACCUCGAUAAAGAAUUGGCCAAAGAAAGCAUACGUAAGUACGAGGAAAAGACAUUUAGUAACUAA